UCUCCCUUCAGGGUAAGCAGGAAGUGCCACGUUAAGUUUUAUCACUUGCGAAAAUGGCGUCAAGUCUGAGGGAAAAGCAGGUGACAGCCUUGAAACGCAUGCUGAACUUUAAUGUACCGUUUACAAAAGCGACUGUUGCUGAACCGCAGUGGAAGAUACUCGUGUACGACCGGUGUGGGCAAGAUAUUAUCUCACCACUACUCACUGUGAAGGAACUGCGAGACUUGGGUGUAACGCUUCAUCUUAAUCUCCAUACAGACAGAGAUCCUAUACCUGAUGUUCCAGUUAUUUAUUUCGUAAUGCCUACGGACGACAACAUUCAACGUAUUUGUCGAGACUUUCAGAACGGUUUGUAUGAGUCAUACUAUCUUAAUUUCAUAUCUGCUGUGUCCAGGCAAAAACUUGAGGAUAUAGCUAGUGCUGCAGUUCAAAGUGGCACCGUUCAUCAAGUGUCGAAGGUUGUUGACCAGUAUUUGAACUUUAUCUCUUUGGAAGACGAUCUCUUUACUCUUCGUCACCAAGACAGGGAAGCGAUAUCAUACUAUGCGAUCAAUCGGGGUGAUGUGAAAGAUUCCGAGAUGGAAGCGAUCAUGGAUGUCAUUGUUGACAGUUUGUUUUCUGUGUUUGUUACUAUGGGUACUGUACCCAUCAUAAGAUGUCCAAGAGGUAACGCGGCAGAAAUGGUUUCAGAAAAACUUGAUAAGAAGCUGCGUGAUAAUUUGCGUGAUGCUCGCAAUAGCCUUUUUGCAUCAGAUGCUGUGCCUGGUCAGUUUAGUUUUCAAAGACCACUACUAGUGGUACUGGAUAGAAACCAGGAUCUAGCCACAAUGCUGCAUCAUACUUGGACCUAUCAAGCCCUUGCUCAUGAUGUCCUGGAUCUGCGUUUAAACAGAGUUGAGAUUGAAGAGGUGAUCGAUGAAGGCAUCCACUCACCCUCCCGUAAGCCUCGCACAAAAAAGAAGGCAUAUGAUAUGAAUACCAAAGACAAAUUUUGGAUGGCACAGAAAGGCAGCCCAUUUCCAACUGUUGCUGAAGCAGUACAGGAAGAGCUGGAUGCUUAUCGUACAGAAGAGGAUGAAGUAAAGAAGUUGAAAGCUGCUAUGGGUUUGGAAGGAGAAGAUGUAUCAGCCAUCAGCAUGCUUUCUGACAGCACUGCCAAACUCACAUCCGCUGUCAGUUCGCUUCCAGAGCUUUUAGAGAGAAAGCGACUGAUUGACAUGCACACCAACAUUGCUACAGCCCUCCUGGAACAGAUUAAGCAGCGGAAACUAGACACUUACUUUGAAACAGAAGAGCGCAUGAUGAGCAAGUCAACUCUUAGCCAGUCUUUGAUGGAUAUCAUUUCAGAUCCAGAGGCUGGCAAGCCAGAGGAUAAGGUGCGCCUCUUUAUCAUUGCACUGAUCUGUGGACCACCAAUGUCAGAAGCAGAAAUUGAUCAGUAUUGUGUUGCUUUGCAGGCUAGCAAUUGUGACCUAACACCUGUGCAGUAUGUUCGAAGGUGGAAGUCAUACAGCAAGAUCACUGCCACCCCUAGCCUGUAUACUGGUGGGAGUAUCAGCACAACAGGCAUGUUCACUAAUCUUUUGUCCAAGGGCAGCAGCUUUGUCAUGGAAGGUGUUAAGAAUCUUGUUGUCAAGCGUCAUAAUCUACCAGCCACACGCAUAGUUGAUGCCCUUAUGGAGCUUAAGUCUCUUCAGGAUGUUGAGGACUAUCGUUACUUUGACCCCAAGAUGUUGCGUGCAGACAGCGCCAACGUUCCACGGAACAAGUCCCCGUUUCAGGAGGCAUAUGUCUUCAUGGUUGGAGGAGGUAACUACAUUGAAUAUCAGAAUCUUGUGGAUUAUGCUCGCUCCAAGGCGGCUGUGGCACAGAAAAAAAUUAUAUAUGGUUGUAGUGACUUAGUCUAUGCAACAAUGUUUCUAAAACAGUUGGCACAACUAGGAAAGGAAAUAUGAACAAAUAAUAUAAUAAAUGUUAUGCCCUGGACUUGUUUAUCAUCAUGCUCAACAGAUAUGAUAUUCUUGCUGUUUUCGUUUGAGGAUGAUUAUUUCUGCAUUAGUGCAUCUGUGUGGUGUAAGUAAUGUGGGUAUAACUAUUGAACAGUAGAUAAUGCCACACACUAUUACUGCGGUUGUCACUAGAGCAUAUGUCUUCAGUAAAAUGUGAAAUGAAGUUGCCAAGGUAUGGUCAUGAUUCUUUGUUUUCUUGCAGUUGUCGCCUUUUUAAUUGAAAAAUGGCAUGCUUAUUGCUGUGGUGUAAAUUUACUCAACUCGCAGAUGGAGUAGUUCAUUAUCAUUCUAAAUAUUGUUUUUUUUUAUAAUUUUGUAUUUAUUGCAAGUAAAAAAGCUUUAGUUAGAUAAUUUAAAAUUCACAGACAUGUUGGGCGGUAAUUUGAAUGCUGGGUUGUAAUGUUGCGCAUUUACUUGUUUGGAUUUUUUAAUUUAUAAUCAAUGGGUCUUUGGAAUAGAUAAAAUCUGGGUGCACAGCUGGAGAGCAUGAAUAAAUGGGUAAAUAUUAUUAAGCAGUGCCAAAAAGUUUUGCAAACAAAGGGCCAACAUGCUAACAGUAGUAAAACACUGGCUGUUGACUUUAUAAUGAAAAUUAUGUGUCCCUGGGUUCAGGAGACCCAUCAUUAUGACUAUGUGUAUCACUAUGUGUUCACGGAGCUGGUCAUUUAGGUCCUCCCUCCCCCUCAAGUACUUUGGUUUUCAAUUCCUUUAUCAUUCUCCUCUUCGUAGAGCAAAAUCACAGGUGGUAGCACUUUCAGUUUGAAUAACCAGCCAAAGGAAGGGGGGGGGGGAAGUUUUAGUAUCUAACUAAAUGAACUUCUUUCUUAUCUCAAAGAAGUUUCAUAGUUAUUAAAAAUAAUCUGUUAAAAUUUUUGUCACCUUAUCUUUAAUUCUACUUUCCAUAGCAGAAUGCUAUUGCGGUUACUAUGGUUUACAUUGUAUAAAAUGUAUGUACAAGAUAAGGACAAAAAAAAAAAAGAAAAGAAAAGAUGAUGACAACCAUUAAAGGAUUACAUUUUUUUUAUUCGUAGUAAUGGAAUGAGUCUUAGAGGUGGGAGUGUCAGUUUCUAGAAUUGUAUGGGGUGUCUUUGACGUUAAGGCAUCUUCCAUGUAUAUUCUAUAUAUAUAUAUGUGCAUGUCCAAGUGUGUGUGUGUAUUUUUUAUGAGGCAUGUCUUUCAGAUGCAUUUGUAAAUGUUAAUUUAUGUAACUUUUUAAAAAAAGAAAAUAAAUUGUCCUUAUUCUGAUGUGAAUAUUUGACAGUGUUGUGUCCAAGUUUUAAUAAUUUUGUCUCCAGUUUUUUUGACAAGUUUUGAGUGAAAGUAUUGAAAUUUGGUUGAGUUUAUUUGAUAAAUUUGUUUGGGGCCUGUCAUCAGAGUACAAACGGCAAAUUCCCUGCUUCAUAAUUUUCUUUCUAUUAUUACUUUGAAUCCAUGCAUCUUUAGAUAUUUAGAAAUAUUUUUACUAAAAGUGUUAGUUGAGGUGGUUAUUUGGCAGAGCAAACGUCACCACAUUAUACUAAAAUAACCAUAAAACCUGUCAUUAUUGCUAUUAUCUGGAAUUUCUUGGGCAUUUUGUGAAUUUAAUUUUUUUAAUAACUAGCUGCAGGUUCUCAGUCUAGUAUUAGAUGUUGAUAACAAAAUUAUUAAAUUGUAAAAUGUGAGGUAUAUGUAGUUAGUCUAAUUUGGUCUUCAGGUCUGUAUGGUUGUCUUGAUAUAAAUCUGAGGGAAAUGCUGUUAGAUUUCACCAUUCAUCCAGGUUUUUAGUGGUGAUGCAAUUAACAUACUGAAUUUGAUGUGUAACAAUAUUGCUUAGUGUUGUGUUGGCAUGCAAAGCUUAAUUUUUGUAACAGAAAGGAUUUUGAGUCCAUCAGAGAGACAUCCAAUUUUCUAAAUGCUAUUAAAGUUUACUGCACAGAAUGUAAAUUUGAAUAUUUUAGGAUGUAGUCUAACAGUUAUAGAGCUAAUGGUUUUAGGGCCUCUGAUCAGUGAGCCCUCCUUUGAUGGUUUUGGUCAGUGAACCAUGACCCAGAUAGCUGUAUCCUAUAUGCCAGGUUUUUAGUGGCAGCACAUUAGGCAUAAAUACAAAAUACUUGGCUGCUGUAUCUGAACACUGGUGAAUUAUAAAGACUUUUUACCUAUUGUGCUUGACAAUAUUCCUUGCACAUCCCAGUAGUAUCUCACUGAGCUUUAUGUUGCUGUUUAAUCUUUAAAGGGAGUUGUUAUGUAGGUUAGUAACCACUUUCAUUAUGUAAUGUGAUAAGCCUUGAAAUGUGUGAAAAGUGUUAAAUUUGAAUCCACCUGAGAAUGUGUCAGAAUUUCAUUAUCUGCAGUGUUGGCCAUAUACUUUUUGUGAAAGCAAGGGCUUUUUUAAGCAAUAUGCAUUCCUUGAGAUAUCUACAUGCCCAACAUGUUAGGUUUGGGUUUUUUAUGAGUUAUUUUGCCUGCUUUGCUUUAAGUUGAAGCUACCAGGUGGAUUUCUAGAUGAGCAUGAGUGAUUUCUUGUAAUAUUAAGAAAACUUCAGACUUUGCCUAUAAGUGUAUUGUUUGUGAACAACUAUGACAAUUGGAUAUAAUGUGCAUUGAUGUUAAUGAUUAUCUAUUUCUUGAAUAAAAUAUCCACAAAAUA